AUGCCUCUGAAACAGAGCUCAAGAAAAGGCAAGCCCAUAGCGAGGCGAGCUUGCGACCUAUGCCGUAGCCGCAAGCUGCAGUCCAGGGCUGCCUCUGUCAUGCACACGUUGUGCACAGGUCGAGAUGCCCUGCACCUUUCUGACUACCCCCGAGUGGCGGAAGCAAGAGCCCAAAGUCACAUUGCUGAUUGCAGCGGUUUAAGUGAUGGAGACAUCCCCGUGAAUUGCUCUUCGGAAAGUCGGGCAUGGACACUUAUUGUACCCCUGACGAUCGAGCAUCUCUGCUCUGAGGAGUUGUUUGAAAUGUUGAUCUCAGACUAUCUCGAGUACCUUUAUCCUCUCUAUCCCAUUGUACAUCGACCGAGGUUUCGGGCAGAUUUCCAAAACAAACGCUACCAGUCAGACCCAAGCUUCUACCGACUGUGCAUUUCCCUGUCCGCCCUUACUGUCUCCUCUUCACCACACGAUUUCCGACAUUACGGGUUUCAACCUGAGGAGACAGCUAUCAGCAUGUUAGAAAAGGCCCAUCGUUUGGUUGUCCUUAGCAAGAUGUCGCAGAAUCCAGCAAUCGGUAUAUUUCCCGGCGUGCAAGAUAUGCUAUGCUCAUACAUAUUGAGCGUGGCUUUUCAUUGUUCAGGUCGUAUAUACCAUGGAUGGGUGCACGCCUCUGCGGCGGUCUUGUGCAUGAGGAAACUAAGCUUCUUGAGGCAAGCACUGAAUAAUGAUCUGGACCCGAUAGACCUGGAAAUAUGCAAGCGAGCAUUUUGGUUAAUAUUUAUCAUGAUGGCGUAUGUAAAACCUUCUGCGGCGUUCCAAAGCGCAUUUUAUUUUAACUUCACUAACUCUAGCAGCCACGACAGACUGGCGUAUCCCGUAUCCCACACCGGCAUCAGUUACAAUCCAGUCUGCAUUGAUUGGGAUUUCCUUGUGUUACAGGAGGUCGAUGAUGUGAAUCCCGGGGACAUAGAACGAAGCGAAGAGCCCAGAGACACGCCGCUGAUAGCUGGGUUCAUCGCCUCGGUGAAACUAUACCUCUGCGCAGCUGCACUGGGCCUAGAUAAGCUACCUGGGAACCCGCGAUAUGGCCCUUUCUCGGCCUCUUCUUCAUCAGAAACUUUAAAGAGCCCUGACGCCCAAGGACUCUCUCUUGAACAAGGCCUCGAUAUCGUACGCGCCGUGCGAGAUGUGAUCCAGCAGCUACCGGAGGAGUUUAGAAUGUUCAACCUAGAUGGAAACCCCAACAAAGGUCUCUUAUCAUUUGUCAUCUUGAGGACGAAUGUACAUAUGACGAGCCUUUUUAUUCAAAGUAUUAUCCUGGCGACACUAUCCGGCAGUAACCCAUCCUUUCAACAGGACAAUCGAAACCCGAGUUCCACAGGAUCUGAGCACGGUCUCCUCUUGGAAGAAAGCCAGAAUGCUAACCAUCAACUGUUUAAGCUUCGCAAGGAUAUCGCCCAGGAAUGUUGUGAUAUUAUCAUCAUCACACCCGUCUCUGCUCUAAAAGCAAACGGCAUCGCAGCUGUUUCAAAGCUUCGGGAGAUCACUGCUACUUUAUUAGGCUACAAAGUCAAUUCCUCCUGUCCUGCUGACGAAGAAAAGCAAGUGCAGGCUUGUCUUAAAUGUCUUAUUAGUACUUUAGUUGAGAUUGACUCUGUAAAGGAGGUUUACGAAGCUUAUUAA